AAUAAGAUUUCAAAUGCGUCCAGAAUUAUUACGCUUUGACUUUGAGACUUUUUGCUCCGAACAGAUCCCUGAUGUGAAGCGAUUCCUUUUAGUAAAGAGGUUAAGGACAGAGACUCAGCAGACUAAUCACAUGACAGCGGUCAGCUUUCUGAGGAAGUCAUUCAUCCGCGGAUCUAGAGUAAAACAGGCUGUGUUUGGAAACCUACUGAGAUGCCUACAUAGACAGCAUUUGGUACGUUCCGACUUUUGAUAUUUGAACUGAUUCGAGCUGUUAGUGAGGAGCAAAAGCACCCUCUGGCUAGGCAUUUCAUUGAGACUUUGAGAUGCGCUCCGCCAUGUGUGCCUAAGGGGAGUUUCCAAACGACUCCUGCAAACUAAAUAUGCCUUGACAGUAGUUUUCUGUUAUUUCGACAAUUAUGUGCAGCUUCAGUGAUAUGUUUACUGUGCCGACCGCACGCUGAUCACGAGUUGCAAGCAGUGAAAACAGGAUCCAGAAGACAGAGAGGUUUGUUGCGAGAUCGUUAAUGUAUUAACUUUCCAGAAAGGGAAAGAUGUUAUCAUUCGAGGAAGUUAAAGCGAAGUUAGAAACUGCAGGACAGAGCCAUGUUUUGCGAUUUUGGGCUGAACUUUCCGCGGAUGAAAGGCAUACGCUUCUGGAGGAGAUAUGUCAGCUCCAGCCCGAAGAGUUACUCGAGCACUGCCGGGCGGCUGCAGAGGCUGCCAGCCGGCGUUCGAGCGCUGACGGUCGGCUAGACGCGCGGAUGAAGCCCGUCCCUCCAGAGUUCUUUGGAAGCGUGCGUAAAAGUGACCGAGAGACGCUUCAGAUGUGGGGCGACGAAGGGUUACUGCAGAUUUCCCAGGACAGGGUGGCUGUUCUGCUGUUAGCCGGGGGUCAGGGGACUCGGCUCGGAGUGCCUUAUCCUAAGGGCAUGUACAAUGUUGGGCUUCCAAGUGGGAAAACCAUGUACCAGAUCCAGGCUGAGCGUAUCCAGAAGGUGCAAGAGCUGGCCAAUUUGAAGCACGGUAGUAGGUGCACGAUACCAUGGUACAUAAUGACUAGUGAGUUUACUCUGGGACCCACAGAGAAGUUCUUCAAAGACAAUGAAUAUUUUGGUCUUUGUCCAUCCAACGUAAUCAUGUUUGAGCAGAGAAUGAUACCAGCAGUAGGCUUUGAUGGAAAGAUCAUCCUGGAGAAGAAGAACAAAAUAGCCAUGGCACCAGAUGGAAAUGGCGGCCUCUAUCGUGCUCUAGUGGACAACAAGAUUUUGGAGGACCUGAAGAGAAGGGGUGUGGAGUAUCUUCACGUGUACUGUGUGGACAACAUCUUGGUGAAGAUGGCAGACCCAGUCUUUAUUGGCUUUUGUAUAAACAAAGGAGCAGACUGCGGAGCCAAGGUGGUGGACAAGGCGUAUCCUGCAGAGCCUGUUGGAGUGGUGUGUCAGGUGGACGGCCUGUAUCAGGUGAUCGAGUACAGUGAGAUCCAGCCAGAGACCGCGGAGCUGCGAGGCCCGGGAGGAGAGCUCCUGUUCAGUGCUGGGAACAUCUGCAACCACUUCUUCACCCGAGGCUUCCUAAAGGACGUGGCUGAAAAGUUCGAGAGUCAGCUGAAGCAGCAUGUGGCAAUCAAGAAAGUGCCGUUCGUGGAUGGAGAAGGGAACCUGGUGAAACCAACCAAGCCCAAUGGCAUCAAAAUGGAGAAAUUUGUCUUCGACGUCUUUCAGUUCUCAAAGAAAUUUGUCGCCUUUGAGGUGUUGAGAGAGGAGGAAUUCUCACCCCUGAAAAAUGCUGAUGGGGCUCCUUUGGACACGCCAACUACAGCGCGCCGAUCCUUGUUAGCACAACAUUACCGCUGGGCUCUGGCAGCUGGUGGACACUUCCUGGACGGGCAGGAGAAACCCAUCCCCCCGAAACAUAGUACGACACAGAACGAAGACCCGGCAAUCUGCGAAAUCUCUCCACUUGUGUCAUACUUUGGCGAGGGUCUGGAAAAGCUGCUGAACCGGAAGAACCUAAAGUCCCCUCUCCUGCUCGAUGAGAAUGAAGCCGAGAACCUAGCGAAAACUGCAUAGUGUUUCCAACUUGGAGUGGAUACCAUCACGUCCAGGGGCCAUGCAAAUAUUAAAGGAAAUAAAAGGGAUGUUUGCAAAAACAAAACAAAAAAAGCUUGGGGUCUGUAAGAUUUUUUACAUACUAAUACUCACCAAAGCCUCAGAAAACCUCAAUAUUGUAAAAUGAAUAUAUUUUACAAUAUAAUUUAUUCCUGUAUUGAAAAAACGGACUUUCCGGCAGCCUUUGCUCGUCUUCGGUCGCAUGAAUCUUCAGAAAUGUGUUGUUCAGGUCUAAAUAUACAGCGUUCUUAUUAUGAUUAAUUAUGCACUGUAAACAUAAAAUAUCUUCACUGUCACAUCAAUUUAACGCAUCCUUGCUCAAUAAAACUAUUCAUUUCAUUGAUUUUUUUUUUUUUUUUUACUGGCCCCAAUUAUUAUGAUUAUUAUAAGGUUCGAGUAGAAUCAAUUCUUUAUAAAAAUGGUUGGUGUAUGAUUGCAAAAUACAAUGCUAUAUUUUUAUUAGUGUCGCCGUGUAUUGCACAGCAUAUACAUUUCAAUAAAAUCAAAUACCCUCUUA